AUGUACAGAAUAGACGUUUCAGAUUUUUAUGACUUCCAAGCGUUCAGAAAUAUGUGUCCAUUUCGAGACUAUAACAAAGCAGUCGAGAAUUUGAAACGUUUAGUCAUUUAUGUCGACUCUGCCCCAGAAUGUUAUGUCAUGAAAGAAUGGGAUGUAGUCUUUAACAAACCUAAAGCGACAAUAGUUUCAGAACAAGAAUGUAAACAGAAACUUAAGAAAAUAAAAGUCGUACAAGUUGGUAUGAAGAUGUUAGAUGCUUGGGAUAUCUUAUUGUCAAAGUUAGAAGAUUUUUCAGUUCGUGGUAUAAAGUUCUAUACACCUUCUCCAAACUUCUAUUCUAUCUUCACUGGAUAUAAAUACGAACAAGUAGAAUGGAAAGAAAAUGUUAUAGAAGCUUGGUUAGACCAUGUCAAAGAAAUUAUAUGCAAUGGAAACGAAAGAGUCUAUGAGUAUAUCUUAUGUUGGUUUGCAAACAUCUUACAACAUCCAAGUGCUAAAAAUGAAACUGCUCUCAUUGUAAUUGGAAAACAAGGAACAGGUAAGAACACUUUCUUUACAGAUAUCUU